AUGAAUUGUUUUCAUCCUUCACAAAACGCCGAUCGAGAUAACCAAUCUGUUGAUCAACCCGUUCGGUCGGCAGGCUUUUGUCCAACCGGACCGGACCUUUCUUGUACCAUGGUACAAUUGUCAAUACCAACUUGGGAAAUUUCAACACGUGUCGAUUAUGCCGAGAGUCCUGCAAUCACUCUUCUGAUACUGCACGAUUCCAAGUCAUCAUACAUCAAGCACAUACAAGAGGCCUUUUCGCGACUUCGCGAGGCAGCUUUUGACACAACAUUACAUGAAGCAGAGAGGACGGUUUAA